AUGUCUGGUGAACCUGAACCCCGCCGAUCUGUGCGCGCCACCAAGGGCCAGCACACGAAAGCCUUUGAUCAGCUUGAGAAUGGCCCCGAACCCUCGAAACGACGCCAAAGCAAGAAGGGAGGAAAGAAAGCGACCGAGAAAGAGGAGAAGCCAGAGGAUAAGCAAGAGGAUGACGAGGAGAUCAUCCGCUGUAUCUGCGGCGCAACAACCCAAGAUGACGACGAUGCCAACGAGCCGUGGAUUGCUUGCGACAAAUGUGGCGCUUGGCAGCACAACGUCUGUGUCGGCAUGAGCGUUUUCACAGAGGAUUUAACUAAGGAUUACUUCUGUGAACAAUGCGCCCCCGAAGACCACAAACAGACCUUGGAGGCCAUGAAAAGGGGCGAGAGGCCAUGGGAGGAUCGACGACACAAGUACGAGGAAGACAAAAAGCGUAAGAAGGGGGGCAAGAAGGGAAAAGGAAAACGCCCCAGCGACCAGAAGGAGCGCGCAUCGCCAGCCGCAUCAAGUACCAAGGCGAAACCAUCGCCUACCCCGGACCUGAAGAAAGAAGAAGCCGGGAUCGAAACACCAGCCAAAGGGAAGCGCAAAUCUCAAGACCAGUCACAGGGUCCGCCUAGCAAGCUUCGCAAGGUCACCGAGAAACAAGCAGUUGUGGCAACGCCCACGCCAAAGAAAGCAAAGCAGAAAGUGUCGACAUACACUGCGCCCGACGAUAUCCCAGCAUAUGCAAAGGACAUGGAGGAGGGGCCACGAAAGCAGGCAGUGUUUGCCCUCAAGAAAUCACUUGUGACUGCUACCGAGCAAGCUAACAAGAAGGGCAUGACACCCCCUGUAUCCCCGACCAGCGACGUGGUUGGCUUUUGUGAGCGUGUUGCUCUGGAGCUUGAGCGUGCCUUCUACGACAGUCAUCCAAUACCUUCACAGAGCGCUGCCCAACUUCGUACGCUAAUAUUCAGUCUCAAGAACAAUACGGAGCUUGCUUGUCGCGUCCUGGACCGAUCUCUCGCGCCUCCAGACUUCGUAGUCAUGACCGGUGACGCGCUGGCGACUAAGGAAUUGCAGCGCGAAAAUGCCGAGAUGAAGGCUCGUGCCGAGAAACAGUCCAUCUUGGUUAACGAGGAUGGUCCUAGAGUAAGGAAGACGCACAAAGGAGAGGAGGUUGUUGGGGGUGAGGACUAUGAUGUUGCUAGGGACAACGUACCCUCACACAGUGAACAACAGAGUGUUAGGACGGCCGAUGCUCGUCCAGGUCUUGCCAAAGAAGCCAGUCCAUCGUCACGCGAUGGCGAUAAAUCGGCGACUGAGAAUGCUCGGCGGACCUCCACGGGACCUCUACGGGUCGACACUCAACCUCAGCAGUCCCCAAAACCAUCCGAUUUCGAUAUUGGCAAGGUCUUCUCCAGCGUGCGGUCACCAUCCGCGUCACAUCAACGACGUGCUUCGACUCAAAUCCGAUCCGUCGGCCCUGGGGAAGAUGCUGAUGUCGAUCGUUUACUCCAAGACGAGGGCAACGACUCCCCCCCUUACUCACCGACCGACGAUGUCGACCCAGAUGUCAUUUGGCGUGGCCCCUUGACUAUGACUAAUGUAGCUGAUAUUCCCACCGUUGCAAAGUACGUAGGUGGUGCCGACCUUAGCAAGGUGAGGGGCAUCCCAUGGAAAGACCUCAUUCCACCUCUACUCACUGUGGCGGGUCGGAUCCCGGAAGAGAAGGCAGUGCCAUACCUUUGCGGUCUGAGGUAUAACAACCAGAUCGACUUGGUCAUCACCAGCCUUUCCCCGGCUCACCCUGACAACGGAGAUGACCGGAAGCAAUUCACAGACGUGAUAGACUACUUCUUAUCCAAGAAGCGGUACGGUGUCGUGGGCGAAAGAAGGCUUGGUAAUGUGCGAGAUACCUAUCUGGUACCCGUUUCGGCAGGCGAUGGCCCGAUUCCAGAGCCGAUGCAAAACAUUGGCGAUCAUUUGAUUCCUCUGAAGAGAACUGAGCCUAUGUUACUUGUUGUUUUCGUCGUUCGAGAUGAAAAAAGAAGUCCGAUACCGCUAGAACAGCUGAAGUCCGAGAUCCAACAGACUCCUCUUGCUACGCAAGCACAAGCUACCCCGGUGCCACCCCCGAGACAUCCAUCGAUGUCGGGCCCGGCUUGGUCGCCUGCCACGCCGCAGAGUGGUUUCGCCAGCUCGGGCUUUCCGCAGCCGCAUUACAGUCAAACUCCCAUACCACCUCCAAAGAUUCCAGGCCAGCCAACACCACCAAUGCCGCCACGUCUGGCUCUAUCGGCAACUCCAACUCCGGCGGGUCGUCCUAUGCCUCCUGUGCCCGGCAACCAAGAUCCCAGCCUGAGAGCCAUGCGAGAAGCGCAGGCAGAGGGCGAAAUGAAGGCCCGACAAGUUCUCGGCCCACUCUUUGGCUGCUCCUCGGUCAUUUUCCUGCUCCCGCACGCCGCCCGUAUGAAGGAAGGCGAGUGGAACGCUGUUCGUCGUUGCCUUGAGCGAGAGCCCAGAGCCCGCGAAGACCUUCAGCUUCUUAGCAAGCUGUUGACUGAGGAUGGCAACGAGGCCCGUAAAAAUGGUCAGCCACCGCAGACUAUUGCAGCAUCACCAUCUGGGGUGGUUCAAACCACGCUCGCGGCCGCUACAGCCAGCAUACCAGAUCCACCGGCGCAAGCGCCCCAACCCAAGGCUUAA